AUGUGGAUUUUAGAUUCUGAGGGCGACUUUUUAGAGGGGAAGCGCGUGUGGCUACGGCCUGGGAAGAAGUAUCUCUUCGGUCGAAUAAAGCAAGAUGGCGUUCGGCACGCCAUCCAGCAUUCUUCGAUAUCCCGAAAACACAUGGUGAUUGAAGUGUCACCAGUCAAUCCUGGCGAUGGAUCGCAUAUUUACACGAAAUCAGGAAUCACCAUUCACGACCAGAACUCCAAAUGCGGGACGACAGUCGAUGGCGAGUCAAUAAAAGGCGGAAGUAAGAAACUGACUGGGGACGAACAUAUCAUCAAACUAGGAAGAUGCCAGCAUGCACUACGGAUCAAGUGGCAGCCUACAGUCCUCAGCUUCUCUUUCUCUUCGAAAGAACUCAAAGCGAAAGAUCCCCUGGCACACGUCCGCUCGCGUCUCGAAGAUCUGGACAUCAAAACGAUUAUUCCCUAUGUUGUCGGUCAUACCACUCACGUUGUCCAAAGCAAGCGCAAUACGGCCAAAGGUCUACAGGCACUGGUGAACGGGAAAUACAUAGUACAAGACUCAUACAUCGAUGCACUUGUAUAUGCGGCAACUCCGAGUGAUUUGGAGACGUUGGAGUCACUGUCGCCCCUGGAAACUGAUUUCGACGCUGCGUGGCCGGACCCGACGGAGCAUCUUCCACCCCCGGGAAAAGAAGCCGUCCCUCGGCCCGCCGAGGCAUUUGUACCAAGGGCCGACCGAAUCAACAUCUUCGAGGACUAUACUUUCGUUUUCUGGGAUGCCUCGCAAUUCAGCAACCUUCAGGAUCCGAUCAGCAACGGGCACGGAAAAGCCCUGCUAUAUCCGCUAGAAAAUGGGGUAACUACUGCUGAGGAGAUUGUCCAAUUUAUGAAGAAUGCAGCUGGGCAGAAAGGCCUUGGUGGGGAGAGGGUUGGCCGUGGAGGGGUAGUCCUUGUCCGAUUUCGUUCCAAGGGCGAAUGGGAGAAAUGGUCAAUUGAAUUAAGCAACCAAGUCGCUCUGAUGACUGAUCAGCGAGUUAUUGAGCAGAACGAAUUCCUCGAUGCCAUUCUGGCAAAUGAUGCGUCCUGCCUGUGCCAGCCUUUGCCCGAAGCAGAGUCGAGUCCUGAGGUUGGGCGAACACCAGCAUCACAGCCCCCAACGACCCCCAAUGAACACGUUGAGGUGAUUGGUGAUUCCCAAGUGAUAGAGGGGGCGAGUGAGGCAGGUACAAAGAAGGCUAAGUCUUCGAGGAUUCGGCCCAUCAGCAACAAAGUUAAAUCCUUUGACGAUGAAUUUGAUAUAUCGUCAAUUCCCACGUACACGCAAGAUGAACAACCUGAUAUGGUUGAGUCGCAACCAGUACCUAACAUACCGCCUUCCUCCGAUUUCCCUUCGCAACAGCCCAGCAUUCCUGAUAAUGAAGAAGAUCUAGUCUCCAGUCUCUUGCCCGGUGCUACAGCAAUGAAACGACGGCGGGCUGAGACCGUACAGCGCAGCCUUGGAGAGUCACAGAGCCUUCCUAAAGCAGAACAACCUCACAAACCCAAAAGACAAAAGCUGGACGUGCUCGAGGCGGCGCGGCAGCAUCGGGAAGCGGAAGAGGACGCCCAGCGCAAGCGCCGUCAAGAGGAAGAGGCAUCUCUUCAAGAUUCUCUUAGAGAUACGGACGUUGAGAAACUCAAAAACUUAGCCAUUGUGGAGGAGAUGGAAAUCAAGCCCCGUCGCGAUGUCGCAGAGGACAGACGAUGGGACGAGCGAUGGAAUGGACGCAAGAACUUCAAAAAGUUUCGUCGGAAAGGUGAGCCUGGUCAACCUCGGCAUCGCAUUCAGACAGUUAUUGUCCCCUUGGAGGAGGUGACACGGAAGGACUUUGGCAUCGGCGAUCAUUACUGGGUCACCAGCCAUGCGACGUCAGAUCCCAGACCAUCGGAAAGCCAGCGCGAGCGCUCUCUAAGCCGAGGCGUGUCAUCUCGUGCCCAGUCACAGUCACAGUCCCAGUCUUUUUCUGCAUCUGUGCCUAGGGUGGAGUCUGCGACAGCAGCAUCUCGAAGUCAGAAACGGCUUCGAGAAGAACGUGAUUCUGAUAGUGAUGAUGAGCCUCGAUUUAGAUUCCGUCGCUGGCGAUAG